UGGAGGGGUAGGGCCCGGAGGGCCGCCGCCCCCCGCUGCUGCUCCUGCACCGCCGCCGCCUCCAGCAGCAGCGGCAGCAACCGGGCCGCCGCCACCGCCGCCGUCCCCUGCUGCUGCUGCCGCUGCUGCUGCACCGGCUGUAGGAGCGGCGACGGCGCCUCCUCACCCCGCCAGCAUCAGGGCUCUCCAGACACAGCCGCCCCAGCAAAUCCCCCGGGGACCUGUGCAGCAGCCCCUGGAGGAUCGAAUCUUCACUCCAACCGUCUCAGCUGUGUACAGCACUUUUAUCUCCUCACAGGUCGCGCAGGUUGCGAGACAGCCAGGCCCUCCUGCCCCCUCCCCUUACUCUGCACAUGAAAUAGGCAAGGGGCACCCAUCCCUUGCUGCAACGCCACCAGGACAUGCCUCCUCCCCAAGCCUCACCCAGCAGCCAGGAGGGAGGAGGGACAGAAGCUUUCCACCCCACCCAAGAGCCAGCAGUCUUUUUGAAGAUCCAAGGGAACUGGUGCAAAGGAUUCUGGGAUGUGGGAUGGCCCCUUACCCCUCUGGACAGAAUGCCGCACCGACUACGCUGGUGUACCCACAGGCCCCUCAGACAAUGAGCACCCAGCCUCAGACGCGCUCACCGCCCAGCAGAGCAGUGCCAGUACAUUGCCCAGACAACUGGAAGCGGAGGAAGGUUUUGGAACAGAGUCCGGUUUACAGGUCCUUGGCGGGAAGAGGCUGGAUAAAAUACUGCAUUUUUGCAGCGGGGCCUCGACCUGCCCAUCAUCAUCAGGGAGGAUUCAGACCCAUCCAGUUUUUCCAGAGGCCUCAAAUCCAGCCUCCCAGAGCAACAAUCCAGAAUAGCAGCCCUUCCAUCCGUCCUGGUGCACAGACGCCAACUGCUGUCUAUCAGACCAAUCAGCACAUCAUGAUGGUGAACCACCUUCCUAUGCCGUAUCCAAUGCCUCAGGGCCCCCAGUACUGUAUACCACAGUAUCGUCAUAGCGGCCCACAAUAUGUGGGCCCCCCACAACAAUAUCCUGUUCAGCCGCCAGGGCCUGGACCAUUUUACCCAGGACCGGGACCCGGAGAGUUCCCCAACGCCUAUGGGGCACCUUUCUACCCAACUCCCCCGGUGUACCAAUCCACGCCCAUCAUAGUGCCUACGCAGCAGCAGCAGCAGCCAAUCCCACCAGCCAAGCGGGAGAAGAAAACGAUCCGCAUCCGAGAUCCCAACCAAGGGGGCAAAGACAUAACGGAAGAGAUCAUGUCUGGUGGAGGAAGCCGCAACCCCACACCUCCCACGGUCAGGCCCUCGUCCACGCCCACCCCGCCCCAGCAGCUGCCCAGCCAGGUCCCCGAGCACAGCCCUGUGGCGUUCGGGGCCAUGGAGAGCACUCACCUCGCCGCCAGCACCCCUAUCGCUGUGACAAGUGACCUGAAGCAAGAAGAGAAGCCUAAAGCAGAUCCAGUAUUAAAAUCUCCUUCCCCUGCCCUCAGACCAGAGCCUAGUGGAGAGAGGAAAGAUCAAAUGGGCCUGACAGCAGAGACCCCGACCACCUCCUCCUCCGAGACCUCACCAGAGCUUCCUCUCACGGCUUUGCCCUCCCCUGCGGCGGUCAUUGCUGCCACCGCCACUCCUCUGCCUCCUAAAUCAACGUUUGCAGCAGACUCAGAGGAUGGAUGUGAACUUGCUUCCUCGAAACAGGAAGCCGCACCUCUUCCCAGCACUGCGCCCUGCAUGGAAGUGCCCGUCUGCCCCCCAACAGAUGACGCCAGCUCAGAUAUAGGCAGGGAGCCCCCUAGAAUAGUCCCCAACGACCUCCAAGUGACUGCUAGUACUAAUCUAAUUACUGAACUGAACGGAGUUAGUGAAAGGGUCACAGUGACUGAUGGCAUCAUGGAACCAGAUCAACCGGAGGCAGCUGGCCCCUUGGCUGUGGAUCUGGAGAGCCCAGAGGCACCUCUGGACGAGGCAGAAUGUGUGCCACCUCCAGCUCCCGUCGCUCUUCCUGCUGUUCCGUCUCUGCCUCCAUCUCCUCCUCCCAGCCCUCCUCCCGUAUCUGCCGCUGCUACUGUUAGAGCGACAAGCCCUCUUCCUCCGCCACCAUGUGCUUCGCCUCUCCCACUACCUGGUGCCCUCCCUGCUCUUCAGGGGGAUUUAGAAGGAGAGGAGGCCACAAGAACUACCAUUGGCGAAGACACCCAGGAAAAUCUGGAGAAAGAAGAGGUGGAGGUAGACGGACAACCGGAGGAGAAUGCAGACUCUCAGGGGUUGAAUUCAAAGAAGGGCCCCGGAGCAGCCCAAACAGCUGCAACUGCACCAAAGAUGUGGAACAAACCAAAAGAGCGGAGCCAGGCCGCCGAGGAGGGGGUGGAGGCCGAACCCGAGCCUAAAGCAGAAGUGGAACCUGGAGGUGACAGGAUACUUGAAUCUGAACAAGAGGCAGUGAGCCAGAAGACUUGCCCUAGGAGGGACUCCCACUCUGACCUUAAGGUAGCAAAAGCUGCGGAAGAGAAUGGUGAGCAGGAAGGGGAGCCCAUUCGCAACGGUGCUGACAGCGUCUCCGAGGGGGAAGGAGGUGAGGGGAAUUCAGGCUGCACAGAGAGUCCCAGUGAAACCCCCGCCUGCCAGUAUAAGCCAGAGCAGUGGAAGCCUCUGGACUCCGAAGGGAAGAAGCAGUACGACCGGGAGUUCCUCUUAGACUUCCAGUUCAUGCCUGCCUGCAUCCAGAAGCCGGAGGGGCUGCCGCCCAUCAGCGAUGUGGUCCUCGACAAGAUCAAUCAGCCAAAACUGCCUCUUCGAACUUUGGAUCCUCGGAUAUUGGCACGGGGUCCAGAUUUCACACCAGCAUUUGCUGAUUUCGGAAGACAAAUCCCUGGAGGGCGGGCCACACCUGCCUGCAAAGUGCAGCCCCCACCUGGACUCCAGCCCCUUGCUCGGUGUGGGCCCCCAGCAUGCCCUUUGUUGGUCUCAUCUCACCCACAGCUGAGGAACCUGACCAUAGGGCUGUUAAACGUUGGACAGCGGAGAUCUCAGCCAGGCCAGAGACGGGAGCCCAGGAAGAUCAUCACGGUUUGUGUCAAAGAGGAUGUACACCUGAAGAAAGCUGAGAAUGCCUGGAAGCCGAGCCUGAAGCGUGAGACGCAAGCGGAAGACUCUGAGAGCAUCAAAACCCAGGAGCUAUUCCGCAAGGUCCGAAGCAUCUUGAAUAAGUUGACACCGCAAAUGUUCAAUCAACUGAUGAAGCAAGUGACUGAUCUAACUGUGGACACGGAAGAGAGGUUGAAAGGCGUCAUUGACCUUGUGUUCGAGAAAGCCAUUGAUGAACCCAGCUUCUCUGUGGCCUAUGCAAACAUGUGCAGGUGUCUCGUCACGCUGAAGGUGCCCAUGGCGGAUAAGCCCGGGAGCUUUGUCAACUUCCGGAAGCUACUCCUGAAUCGUUGCCAGAAGGAAUUUGAAAAGGACAAAGCUGAUGACGAUGUCUUUGAGAAGAAGCAGAAGGAGCUGGAAGCUGCCACAACGCCAGAGGAGAGGACGCGGCUCCACGACGAACUGGAAGAAGCCAAGGACAAGGCCCGGCGGCGCUCCAUUGGCAACAUAAAGUUCAUUGGGGAGCUCUUCAAGCUGAAGAUGCUGACAGAGGCCAUCAUGCAUGACUGUGUGGUGAAGCUGCUGAAGAACCACGACGAGGAGUCCCUUGAGUGCCUCUGCCGCCUCUUGACUACCAUUGGCAAAGACUUGGACUUUGAGAAAGCCAAGCCUCGAAUGGACCAGUAUUUCAAUCAAAUGGAGAAGAUAGUCAAAGAAAGGAAAACCUCUUCCAGAAUACGAUUCAUGCUUCAAGAUGUCAUAGACCUCAGGCAGUGUAACUGGGUCUCACGGAGGGCAGACCAAGGUCCCAAGACGAUAGAGCAGAUCCAUAAAGAAGCAAAAAUUGAAGAACAGGAGGAGCAGCGGAAAGUCCAGCAACUAAUGACCAAAGAGAAGAGGAGGCCUGGUGUUCAGAGGGUAGAGGAGGGUGGCUGGAACACGGUGCAGGGGGCGAAAAAUACCCGUGUGCUGGACCCCACCAAGUUCCUUAAAAUCACCAAGCCCACAAUAGAUGAGAAGAUCCAGCUUGUGCCUAAAGCCCAGUUGGGCAGCUGGGGGAAGGGCAGCAGUGGGGGAGCCAAGGCCAGUGAGAUUGAUUCCUUACGACCAAGUGCCACUAGUUUGAACCGAUUCUCUGCACUGCAGCCUCCCGCAUCAUCUGUGUCUGCCUCAGCCACAUCCGCAGAGUUGGACUCUCGCAGGGCCUUAACUAGUCGGGGGAGCACAGGCAGGGAGAAGAAUGACAAGCUGCUCCCCUCUCCAGCCUCACGCCCCAACACCUUCUUGCGGGUCAGCAGCAGCAAGGAGCAGCUCUUGGACAACCAGGCUCAGGAAGAACAGCGGAGGGAGAUGCUGGAGACUGUGAAGCAGCUGACGGGGGGGCUGGAGAGUGACUGGAACAGCACAGAGGCAGAGAGGAGCAAGGCCAAGGAAACAGCCAAGCCUGAAAUUUCCACAUCCCCAGCCCAAGAAAAACCUGCAUUGUCAGAAGAGGAAAUAGAGAGAAAGUGCAAAUCGAUCAUUGACGAGUUCUUGCACAUAAACGAUUAUAAGGAAGCGAUGCAGUGCGUGGAGGAGCUGAGCAUACCGGGAGUGCUGCCUGUGUUUGUGCAGGUGGGCGUGGAGUCAACCCUGGAGCGGAGUCAGAUCACCAGAGACCACAUGGGCCAGUUGCUGUAUCAGCUGGUGCAGUCGGAGAAGCUCAGCAAGCAGGACUUUUUCAAGGGGUUUGCGGACACCUUGGAGACGGCAGACGACAUGGCCAUCGAUAUACCCCACAUAUGGUUAUACCUGGCUGAGUUGGUGACACCUAUGUUGAAAGAAGGAGGAAUCUCUAUGAGAGAACUUCUGACAGAAUUUAGCAAACCCUUGCUCCCUGUGGGGAGAGCCGGCAUCUUGCUUUCCGAAAUAUUGCACCUUCUAUGCAAACAAAUGAGCCAUAAGAAAGUGGCAGCCUUAUGGAGGGAGGCUGGCCUCAGUUGGAAAGACUUCUUACCUGAAGAGGAGGAUGUCCACACCUUUCUCAUGGAGCAGAAGUUGGACUUCACAGAGACUGACAGUUCCAGUUCCUCAGAAGCACUUUCAAAGAAGGAGCUCUCUGCUGAAGAGUUGAACAAACAGCUGGAGAAACUCAUUAUCGAGGACAAGGCGAAUGACGAGCAGAUCUUUGAUUGGGUAGAGGCUAAUCUAGAUGAGAGCCAGAUGAGUUCACCUACAUUCCUUAGAGCUUUAAUGACAGCAGUUUGUAAAGCCGCUAUUAUAGUGGACAGUUCUAGCUUGCGAGUGGACACUGCUGUUAUCAAACAGAGAGUGCCGAUCCUACUUAAGUACCUAGACGCAGACACAGAGAAAGAACUACAAGCACUUUACGCACUACAAGCAUCAAUAGUAAAACUUGAUCAACCUCCGAAUUUGUUACGGAUGUUUUUUGAUUGCCUGUAUGAUGAGGAGGUGAUAUCAGAGGAUGCCUUCUACAAGUGGGAAAGCAGCAAAGACCCAGCGGAACAGAACGGGAAAGGCGUAGCAUUAAAAUCGGUCACGGCAUUCUUCACGUGGCUACGAGAAGCCGAAGAGGAGUCAGAGGAUAAUUGAAACUGAAUUACAAAAAAAAAACUCAAAAAAAAAACAUAAAAAAACAAUUUAAGUAUUUUUUUAAAAAAAGUUUCACGUCUUCGCCAAUCACAGUGCAGCAAGGCCAAUUCUCGCGCAGAGCCCCCCCUUCCCCCACAUGUGCACGAGUGGGAGAGGAGACAAAAA